AUGAAGCCUUCAGCUGCAAUCUUUAUCACAACAUUGGGUUUUGUCCCCUCUCAACCUCAAAAUGGCGCUGCCUAUGCUGCUUCACUUCGCAAGGACGAGGGCAGAGAUGGGCCUGGUGGUGCUUCCCACACCCAUCAGGUUGCCCGAUCUCUGACAGCCAUCCCUGACAAAUCUGCCCUCGGCGAUGCAAUUCUUUUAUGGAACUGGUACGGAACGUCCGACUAUGGUCACAUUUCCACUUGGGAUGUGUCCCUGGUGGAUGACUUUAGACAGUUGUUCAACGGUUUUCCAUCUUUCAACGAUGACAUUAGUCAAUGGCAAACAAGCCAGGUGACUGAUAUGUCGUUCAUGUUUCUCAACGCCGAGUCGUUCAACCAAGAUCUCAACAGCUGGGACACAUCCAGAGUCACAUCCUUCCAGGGCACGUUCCUGUACGCCAAGGAGUUCAACCGUGACAUUUCCAACUGGGACCUUUCCAGUGCCACAACCAGCUCUGAAAUGUUCUCUAAUACUGAUUCUUUCAACCAAGAUAUUUCUCCUUGGGACACAUCCCGUAUCACUAACAUGGAAGCCAUGUUCAAUCGUGCAGCCGCAUUCAACCAAGAUAUUAGUGGUUGGAAUGUGGGUUCAGUGGAAACUUUUAGGAUUAUGUUUUACAAGGCAGCUGCUUUUAACCAGAACUUAUGCGCCUGGAAUGAUCAUGUUCAGGAAACAGACACCUUUCAACAAUAUUUCGUUGAUGAUACAAGUUGUCCCAAUGCCAAAACACCAGGAUGGACGGUGUAG